GCUGAUCUCGUCCCUAUCGACCCACCCACCCACCCUUGUUCUAAACUUUUUUGCUUGCGUAUCGUCUGAAUAUACUAGUCGUAUUAAUUAGCAAUGCAAAACACGAUCGAAUCACCUCUCUUUGACUUCCCCAAUCUUCUGAUUUGACUCCUCUUCUUCUUGUUUUUUAAGUUAUUUGCAUGCAAUUCUGUGAUCAAACAUGUCUUCGAUCGAUCUGGAAUCAAUUUCAGAGGCAACAUCAGGAGCAAUUGGAGCUGUUUUGAGCACAACAAUCCUGUACCCUCUUGACACUUGUAAAGCCAAGUAUCAGGCUGAAGUUCGUUCUCAUGGUCGCCAGAAAUACAGGAAUCUAUCGGAUGUGUUGUGGGAGGCCGUUUCUACAGGUCAAUUUGUAUCAUUAUAUCAGGGUCUUGGAACAAAGAAUUUGCAAUCAUUUAUCGCACAGUUUGUGUACUUUUACGGAUAUAGUUAUUUUAAAAGGGUGUACCAGGUAAAAUAUGGUACAAAAUCAAUUGGAACAAAAGCAAAUUUGCUUCUUGCUGCUUCUGCCGGGGCGUGUACUGCCAUCAUAACUCAGCCUCUGGAUACAGCAUCAUCGCGAAUGCAAACAAGUGCGUUUGGGAGAUCAAAAGGGCUUUGGGCAAUGCUUACAGAAGGCAGUUGGAGUGAAGCAUUUGACGGGCUUGGCAUAUCUUUACUUUUAACUUCCAACCCUGCAAUUCAGUACACGGUGUUUGAUCAGCUGAAGCAAAAGCUUCUAGACGGAAAACUACGUAAAGCAGGAAACGGAACUUCACCUGAGUCACUUUCUGCCUUCUCUGCCUUUUUGCUGGGUGCAAUAUCUAAAAGUAUUGCAACCGUUCUUACAUAUCCGGCUAUCAGGUGCAAGGUCAUGAUUCAGGCUGCAGACUCAAGUGAUGACGAUACGAAAGAAAAUAAAAAGAAACCGCGCAAAACAUUGAUGGGUGUUCUUGAUGCUAUUUGGAAACGAGAAGGGAUAUUCGGGUUUUUUAAGGGAUUGCAGGCGCAAAUAUUGAAGACGGUUUUAAGCUCGGCUUUACUUCUAAUGAUAAAAGAAAAGAUAGCUGCUACCACUUGGGUACUCAUACUUGCAAUUAGAAGUUAUCUUGUGGUCUCACAAGGAAGGUUAAAGGGAUCAGUGAAAAGGUUAGAAUAGUUCACUUUGAUUAAUCAUGCCGCGCGAUACUCGCAUGGCAUAAAAAAGAAAAUAAGAUUAAUAUUAGAACGCGUAUUGUUUCGCUUGUGUAACAAGAAUAACAAGUGAUGUUUAAUGGUAUACUUGGACCGUAUCGAGUUGCAAUCAAUCCCAGAACUUUGAGACAUUUUGAUUUUGAUAAGAUUUCAUGUUCAAGAAAAAGUUA